AUGGAGGCUUCAGGCGCAGACAAGGGCUUCUUCCAGAAACCGCCGGUUCUGAACAACCAGUUCUACGACGAUGUGACAUUCCAAAGGUGCUUUAAACUGUUCCUCCCCAAACAUAUCAUCCGACAAGUCGAAGCUGAAGUGGCUGCCCUUGGAGACGACGUUUUAUCCGACGAGAUCUUUGCCUGGAUCACAGAUGCCGAACGAAACAAGCCAUAUAUCAAAGGCUCAGGCCGCGAUGUAUUUGGUCAGUGGAAAGGAGAUCUAGUUACUGGUGAAGGAUGGCGCGGCCUUCAGAACUUUGGUCUAUCCAGAGGGUUUGUUGCAGCAGGAUACGAUACUGAGUACGGCCCUUUCGCUAGAGCAUAUCAGUUCUUGCGAAUUCAGCUUUGGACACCAUCGGGCGCCAAUGUUGGUUGUCCUUCUGCUAUGCAAGAUGGCGCUGCCCGACUUCUACAGACACACCUCAACGACCCGGCGCUCUCUAGCAAGUUAACCGACGCACAACGACAAGUGUUUGAGAACGCCUUCAAGCACCUUAUUGCGAGAGAUCCCGCCUACGCAUGGACCAGUGGACAGUGGAUGACUGAGAGAACAGGGGGUAGUGAUGUAUCGUUGACCGAGACCACAGCAACACAGCUUCCUACUUCUGAGCGCGGACUUGCCUCGAAGGCUGAGAACAUCCCAUUGGGACCGUGGAGUAUCAGCGGCUUCAAGUGGUUCUCCUCAGCAACAGACUCAAAUAUGACCGUUCUUCUCGCCCGUACUUCAAAAGGCGGCCUCUCAACCUUCCUCGCACCAAUGUACAAGCACGACCCCCAAGCUACGACCGCUACUGGCGCACCCAAAGCCGACGGCGGCAAGAGACUAAACGGUGUACGGAUUCAAAGACUAAAGAACAAAUCUGGCACUCAAUCGCUCCCUACCGCGGAACUAGUCCUCGAGGACAUGCGGGCUUGGCUUAUAGGCCAAGAAGGCCGCGGCAUCCAAGAGAUUGCCAAUGUCUUGACAUUGACUAGAGUUCACUCUGCAGUUGCGGCAGUAGGAUAUCUGGGAAGAGGAAUUGCUAUUGCGAGGGCAUAUGCUCAGGUGCGAGAGGUUGGCGCAGGAAGGGGUGCUCGAAUGAAACUCACAGAGAGCGCGCUACACAUGCGGACUCUCUCCAAGAUAUCAUGCGAAUAUAGGGGACUCAUGCUGAUCACUAUGUUCACAUCUUAUACUCUAGGAGUCUUUGAGCACGGCGCUCCUCCGAAUUCGACCCUAUCGCCAGCCCUUGAGGCAUUGACCCCUUUUUCAAGCCAUGCCGGCCCCCUGAUCCGAGUUCUGACCCAGCUCACUAAGGCCUACGUCUGCAAAGCAUCCGUCCAACUACUCUUUUCAUGCAUGGAAUGCCUCGGUGGCGUUGGGUAUCUCGCCAACGAAGAACAGGAGUAUCUCAACAUCGCUCGACUUCACCGCGAUUGCGCCGUGCUGCCCAUAUGGGAGGGCACUACCGAUGUGCUGAGUACCGACUUCCUACGAGCACUCAAGCACCCCAAGCGUGGACAAGAAGCUCUCGACGCUCUCGAAUCGUUUGUGAAAAGGGGCACCGGUUUUAAGGGGAAAUCACCCCGACCCGAAGGCUGGAACCCGUUGGAGGCUUGGAAAGCAUUGAGGAAGCGGAUUGAGGGAGAGCCUCUGGCGGAUUUGAUGGGUGAUGCUAGAGAAGUUCUCUGGGCUGUUGCCGAUAUAAUAGUAUCAAUACUGCUUUUCGUCGAUGCCGGAAGCGAUGGCGAUAAACUCUCGCUAGACAUCUUCUUACGCUUCCUAGAAGCAAGACAUGAUCCGGCAAAGCGAGAGAAAGUAUCAGCCAAGGAGCAGCUUAGAAGGGAUACCGGGGUUGUGUAUGGAAGCACUACGAGCGGCAUGUCGCCUAGGCUCUGA